AUGCUACCAGUUCAAAGCUUGCCAAUUCAACGCUUGGGAUUCGUGCUGCCGUCACCCUGUCAGUUGCAGUCGCGUGGAGUUUCGCACUUGCCUCGCCGCCAAGCUGGUGCAGCGGGGUCUCGGAGCGCUCGCACAGCGCGUAGGUGCGUACCUCCAGCCAAGUUACGAAUGAGCACAGCGGAGCGCGACAACCCUGGAUGGACCGGGCAAGACGCACUGGAUCCCGACACAGCGCUGGCUGCUGAGAUAUUGCGGCAACUCGUGGAGCGUUCAGCGGGAACGGAAGAACGCAAUCAGAACGAGGCGCUGCCGCGGGAGACACUGCGGGAACUCGGAAGCCGCGGAGCGCAGUCGCUCGGUCGUAUUUGGCAACAAACCGAUGCAGACGCUAACCUAUCCGAGUUCACGCUGGCCCAACAGCUGACAGAGAACACCAGGGCGGCGCUGAGGGAACUCAUCGAACGUCGAAGCGCUGCGGCUACGAGUGCGUGGCUAAGGAUGGAGCGCGAGCUCAGCCGCUUCGAGACCGAGAAAGAGCACGUUCGUGCGCUCAUCCAGGAGCAGAAUCAUCCCCUUGCACUGUUACGAGCAGUUCCGCGUUUCAUCCUGAACUCUGCACACCUAAGAAAUCUCUGUCUCGCAACAGCUUUCACUGCGAUAGCCUUGGUUUACGUCACCCUGGGAACCAUUCAAGGUGCACCAUACCAGAACGCAACAAUUGUUUGCACAGUGGUAGCCGCUGGCAGCAUGCUCUAUGCGAGCCAACGACGAGAAUAUUGA